GAAGCUGUUCCCAGCUCCUGGUAUGAAUAUGUAAAGCAGUGAGGGGGCAUUGUGUGUCUCCCCCUCCUCACUAUCACACGCCCCCCUCACACCCUCCCUCAGCAUCACAGCAGCCCCAGCUUCUCUGCAGAGCGAGAGCAUAAAGAGCCCAAGCUCUGCACACACAGACAGGGGACAUGAGCCAGCUCCAGCAAGGUUGCCAGAAGUGAAAUCUGGGUCUUGACGUCAGACUUUCAAACCUGUUGCUCAUCAGUCUUUAAUCCUCCCAUCACAUUCCCCCUUUCUCUAUGCCCCUUCAGCUGCCCACUAUGAAUUUCCGCAGCCACAGGCUCCUGCGACGCUCUCCACCACCUCCUGCAACAAUUUCCAAACCAGUGGCUGUCGGAGGCAGCACCGGCACAGGGCUUUCCAAUUUGGGCAGCAUUGCUCAAAUCAGCCCCUGCCUCUACCUCUCUAGUGGGAAUGCGGCAGGCAGCCGACACUUGGUGUAUGCCCGCAAUGUCACUUGUAUUGUCAAUGCCACCCUAGAGAUCCCCAACACUAACUGGCCGGAUGUGGAUUACAUUAAAGUGCCGGUGCCGGAUUUGCCUCAUGCGCCGCUGGCUCUGUACUUUGACUCUGUGGCUGACCGUAUUCACCAGAAUGGAAAGAGAAAUGGCAGGACUCUGGUGCAUUGCGUGGCUGGAGUGAGCCGCUCGGCCACGCUCUGCAUCGCGUAUCUGAUGAAGUAUCACCGACUGUCUCUCCUUGACGCCCACCAGUGGGUGAAAACCAGAAGACCUGUGGUACGACCGAAUGCUGGCUUCUGGCAGCAACUGAUUCAGUACGAAAAGAAACUUUUUGGAAAAAACACUGUAAGACUCGUACCAUCUCCUUUGGGUCUCAUACCAGACAUAUACGAGAGAGAGACCCGCAACCUAAUCCCAGUUUGGGGUUUUAGAUAAAAAAAAAAAUAAAUAAAAAUAAACCCAGAAGACAAAACAGGACUGGUGCCAUGCUCAAAGAACUUGACUAAAACCAUGCUUUUUACUGUAUGUAGAUUGGGAAUGUACAUGCCCCUCAAUGAUAAACUGAAAUAUGGAAAUGUUGGGUGUAUUGGGUGUUCUAUAUGAAAGAGUUGAUUUAUUUAUGGUUAUUUCAAAAACUCAGGUUUGUGGGAACGUUUAUGGGGGCGUUUCUGAAAAGCAAUUGUGGGCUAAAUAUUAAACUGUGAGCAGCCAUCAUGCAAACCAACGGCUUGCUCCUACAAAGUGCGUAACAAUUCAAACUUUCCCCCAGAACAGAUUUUUUUUUAAUAAUAGAAAGUCUGAUCUACUAAUUCAUGAGAAAGGGUCAAGGAAGACCCCUUGAUAUGACUGGCGAGCCAUCUGCUAGAAAGGGGCUAAAUAGUUACAUUUUCUUUACUUUUGUUAAUAAAAAUCUGCCAACACAAUCUGUACUUGUGGGAUGUAUAAGGGGUGGGAACGGGAAAA